GCCUUCAUCUCCUCUCUAUAUAACUCACACUAUAUUCAAGAGCUCCCUUCUCAUUACUCCAAACUAUACACGAAAAUGGCUUCUUCCAAAAUCUUUCUGUGCUUCACAAUACUCUCCGCCCUCCAUUUCUUCACAGCAUUCUCGAACGAGUUCUCGGUCGGUGGCGAGAAGGGUUGGGUCAUUCCCAAAGAUGAUCAGCUCUACAAUGAUUGGGCUUCCAAGAACCGGUUCAAAGUUGAUGACAUUCUUAGGUUUGAGUACCAGAAGGAUUCGGUUAUGGUGGUGAGCAAGGCGGAGUACGAGAAGUGCCGGUCGGCUCGGCCGGUUUUCUUCUCCAACGAUGGCCACACCGCCUAUAAGUUGGACCGUCCCGGUUUGUUCUAUUUCAUCAGCGGGGUUUCAGGCCACUGCGAGAGAGGGCUGAAGAUGAUCGUCAAAGUGCUUGAAACGGAGAACCCGCCUCAGCCCAGUACUCCGGCGACAGGCGGGAAUUCUCCUCCGGCGUCCGGCGGUGCUAUGCCGGGCCUUAAUGCUUCUGCCGCUCAGUUUGCUUUCAUAAUCAUCUCAUUCCUUGGGACCAUCUUCAUGUGAUUUGUUUAGGUUGUGUUGGGGUUAUGGAUUCUCAGAUUUCUUAGUCUUAGUCAUUAAUUAUUUCGUGUUAUUUUCGCCGUAAAGACUGAAUUCAGAUUCUUAAGCUAAUAUAUACGUAGUAUGUUUCUUGUUUCGGUUUAUGUUCGAUCGUCUUGUGCUUAUACAGAGUAGGAGUAUAUUUUUGUUGAAAUUCAUUUUAUCCUUUAUUUAUCUUGAAGGUUGAAAAACAGAAUUUGAUAGUUCCCUUUA